AUGGAGACUAACCAAGACUAUAGACGCGGGACCCCGCGCACUGCCGGCCCGGGCCAUGACCCCCGCUGCUCUCUCCUGCAGGUUAGUCGCCGCGGCCCCCCGAGCCCGGCCGCCGCCGCCACCCGCGCCCGGGAGGGCCCCGCGCGCCCGGGGCGCGGCUCCGCAGUGAGCCCACCAGAAAGCGGCCUGCCGAGGCGCCGCCGACAUGGGGCUGAAGCUGUCCUGCCUGAAAGCAGCAGCAGCCACGACGAGGCCCCCGUCCUGAGCGACAAGCACCUGGAUGUACCCAACAUCAUCAUUACCCCCCCUACCCCCACGGGUAUGAUGCUGCCAAGGGACUCCAGGCAGACAGUCUGGCUGGAUGAGACGGGGUCCUGCACAGAGGAUGGGGAAAUAGACCCCGAAGCCUGAGGAGGAGGCGGUGGACACGCAUCCGUCGGCACCAGCUCCUGCUCUGGCUGCCCCUGGCUCCACCUGCCCCAGGGCGCGGCGUCACCUGGGACAGAGCUGCUGAAUAGGCUGGAUGGGAAACAGAGCAGAUUCGGGCACCCGACCGGGAGAGAUGUGGCCGGAUGAGCAAGGAACCAGCCCGGCCCACCUCCAGAACGACGUCUUCCAGGCCCCACUGAGUGGACUGGUCCCUGACCUCCUCCGUGUUCUUGCCGACCCCAGGGCCAUGGUGACAGCCCGGCCAUCCGGGUGCCAGGGAGGGGCUUUCUCCUGGACAAACACACCCUCCCUGCACCCUGGGCCAACCAGACGGGUCAACACCCACGAGAACUUCUCGCAGAGGCGCAGCUCCAUUUUUUAUGAGUUGUUUUACAGAUAACAAAACAGUCCAGAAAGUGAUUUAUAAUUUUUUGCAUUAUAAAUAAAGAUCUUCUGUAACAGA